AAGUCAGAGUAGUAAAGAAAACCAAGGUACAGCGGGAGCAGGUUGUAACCAAUGUAGAUAGAUUUAAAGGCGAAAGAACAGUUGUUUCCCAUUGCAGGAAAGUUUAGUGGAGGGGUAAAAUGAUCAAGUGUGCGCUGGGGAUGUUGUCUUUGUCGCUCCUGGUGACGUUCGCCGCCUGUAACGCUCCUCCGGUCCCGUUAGAAGACAUCCUCAUUGAGAAAACCUUCGUGCCAGAACAAUGUGUGCGCGCAGUCAAAGUGGGAGACUUUGUCAGGUAUCACUACAUUGGCACGUUUCCUGACGGGAAAAAGUUUGAUUCAAGCUAUGAUCGUGGGAGCACCUACAACGUGUUUGUUGGCAAAAAGCAGCUUAUUGAAGGGAUGGACAAAGCUCUGGUUGGGAUGUGUGUCAAUGAAAGGAGCCUGAUCAAGAUCCCUCCUCACCUCGCCUAUGGGUCAAAAGGAUACGGCGACAUUAUUCCAGCUGAUUCCAUCCUCCACUUCGAUGUUCUACUGCUGGACGUGUGGAACCCCGAGGAUGGCGUCCAGAUCAACACCUACUACACUCCCUCCAACUGCUCCAGGAAGGUGGAGGUUUCCGACUUUGUGCGUUAUCACUACAACGGAACCCUGCUGGACGGGACACUCUUUGACUCCAGCCACACUCGCAUGCGUACCUAUGACACCUAUGUUGGGAUCGGGUGGCUGAUCGCCGGCAUGGAUCAGGGACUUCUGGGAAUGUGUGUUGGGGAGCGCCGCAUCAUCACCAUGCCUCCCUCCCUCGGCUAUGGAGAGAAUGGAGACGGUAGCGACAUCCCAGGUCAGGCGUCUCUGGUAUUUGAUGUGGUUCUGUUGGACCUUCAUAACCCCAGAGAUGGAAUCACAAUCACUAAUCAAAUCGUUCCUGAGUCCUGUACGAGGAAGACGGUGGCAGGGGACUUUGUACGUUAUCACUACAAUGGCAGUCUGCUGGAUGGGACCUUUUUUGAUUCCAGUUACUCUCGUAAUCACACCUAUGACACGUAUGUGGGUCGAGGGUAUGUGAUCGCUGGCAUGGACGAGGGCCUCAUUGGAGUUUGUAUUGGCGAGAGACGGACCAUCACCAUCCCACCACACCUCGCUUAUGGAGAGGAGGGCACGGGCUCUAAGAUACCCGGCUCAGCUGUGCUCGUGUUUGAUAUUCACAUGAUCGACUUUCACAACCCGUCUGAUAACACUGAGAUCACUGUGACCUACAAGCCAGCAGAGUGUGACAAGCAAACCAAAAAGGGAGACUUCAUCAAGUAUCAUUACAAUGGUACCCUGCUGGAUGGGACGCCAGUCGACUCCACGUAUAGUUAUGGAAAGACAUAUAACGUUGUCCUCGGGGCCAACCAGGUGGUGCCGGGGAUGGAGGACGGUCUGAUAGACAUGUGUGUGGGAGAGAUAAGACGGCUGAUUAUCCCCCCUCACCUGGCCUAUGGAGAGAGAGGAGUCACCGACCAGGUCCCAGGAAGUGCAGUACUGCUGUUUGAUGUUGAGCUGGUUGAGAUAGAGGAGGGACUUCCUGAGGGCUACAUGUUUAUCUGGAACGAAGAGGUCCCCCCAGGCCUGUUUGCCAAGAUGGACAGGGACAACAGUGGAUCAGUGGAGCCCUCUGAGUUUACCGACUACAUCAUGCAGCAAGUGAAUGAUGGUAAAGGACGCCUGGCUCCCGGCUUCGAUCCCUACCGUAUUAUAGACAACAUGUUCUCUAACCAAGACCGCAACGGAGACGGAAAGAUCACAGAAGAGGAGUUCAAACUCAAAGCAGAUGAAACUAACCAUGACGAGCUAUGAUGGGACAGAGUGGAUAGUAGAUCUGGGUGUUGGGAAAGGGGUCUGGAAAUUGGGAAAUGUUGGGAACUUCUGUUGGUGGGUUGUUUGGUAGUGGGGGGAUAAAAAAACAUUGAAUAGGAACUCUAUUCAGAUUUAGAUUUUUUUUUAUUUGAGGACUGAAAUAAUAUUGAACUAUGGUUAUUCUCACAUGAGAAUGGAAAACAAGGAUUUAGUUGUUUUUUGUUUUUUUUUUAAAGAU